AUGACAGUUGCUGAAUGUUUGGUGGAUCCAAUUUUGCAAUAUUUGGUGCAUCCAACUUUGCAGCAGCUGAAAUAUUUGUUCUGUGUCGGCAAAAUCAGCAGAAACGUUGAGAUCGGAAAGGAGGAGCUGAUACUCACACAAGGGAGGGUGCAGGAACGUGUUCAAGAGGCCAUCAAUAGGUCUGAGAGAAUUGAUGGUCAGGUUAACAAGUGGAAGAAUGGCGUGAAGAGCCUCAUAGCAGAGUUGGAGAAAUUGGAGGAAGAACUAAGGGCUAACCAUGGCUGCCUUCGAGGGUGGUGUCCUACUUGGAAGACACAUUGUCUCUGCAAAAAGUUGGCUCAGACAACUCAGACGAUGAUUGAUCUAAACAAAAAGAGUGAUCGCUUGGAUCCAUUUUCCCAUCCCCUUACUAUUCUGGGUAUAGAGUAUCACUCUUCUAAAGAUUUUAUGUUCUUCAGCUCUACACAAAGGGCUUUUGACCAGCUGUGGAAAGCAUUGCAAGAUGAUGGUAGCUCCAUGAUUGGCCUUUGGAGCAUGGGAGGGUCAGGGAAAACCACCCUGGUGAAAGAAGUGGGAAAGAAAGCCCAAGAGUCACAGCUCUUUAAUCGAGUUGUGCUCACUACCAUUUCUCAAAGCCCAGAUAUAAUAAAAAUUCAAGGUGAAAUUGCUGAUAAGUUGGGGCUCAGCUUGGAGGAAGAAUCUGAAGUGGGAAGGGCACAAAGAAUAUCACUAAGAUUACAAAGUGGAGAACGAAUUUUGAUAAUAUUGGAUGAUGUAUGGGCUAUGCUGAAUCUUGAAGACAUAGGGAUUCCCAUUAGGGGAAAUCAUCAAAGAAAUUGCAAAGUUGUCCUGACCACACGUCGUCUAGAUGCAUGUACCUUGAUGGAAUGCCAAAAGCGGCUUCAACUAGAUUUGCUAAAGGAAGAUGAAGCUUGGACUUUGUUUCAAACUCAUGCUAAUGUCAAUGAUGCUACCAAAGAAGAUAUGGCACGAAAAAUUGCUAUGGAAUGUAAGGGCCUACCCAUUGUAAUUGUAGCUGUGGUACUUGCUUGA